CCAUCAUCCCGCCGCGGUACUUCCUGAAAGUAAUACGAGAAGCUGCGCGCGCGUCUUAUUAAGCUGUAGUUUUGUUUAUAGUGAAGUUGAGAAAGUGAGAACACACUGACCCGACUGUGUGUGUGUGUGUGAGUGUGUGUGUUUUAUUCUGAAUGAGGUUAUAGAGAUAACAUUUGAGUUUAAUUCUUUCCUGCAAGCAGGCGUAAAAGUGAGGACACGCCCCUUGGCGGUGCAGCAGCAUGCAAAGAGCCAUGGAGAUGAACAACCGGAAGUGCGAGCCAAGAACCAGCGAGAAGAAAUGCUCGUGGGCAUCCUACAUGACCAACUCGUCCAUGCUGAUCGUCAUGAUCGGCCUCCCCGCCAGAGGCAAGACCUACAUGUCGAAGAAGCUGACUCGCUACCUCAACUGGAUUGGAGUGCCCACAAAAGUGUUUAACCUGGGCGAGUACCGGCGUGAGGCCGUGCGCUCAUAUAAAUCCUUCGACUUCUUCAGACAUGACAAUGCUGAGGCCAUGAGGAUCAGGAAAAAGUGCGCUCUCGUGGCUCUGCAGGACGUGAAGAGUUACCUAAACGACGAGGGCGGACAGAUUGCAGUGUUUGAUGCCACGAACACGACUCGAGAGAGGCGAGAUCUCAUCCUGGAGUUCGCCCAGGAGAACCAGUAUAAGGUGUUUUUUGUUGAGUCGAUCUGCGACGAUCCAGAUGUCAUCGCUGAAAAUAUAAUGGACGUGAAGGUAUCGAGUCCGGACUAUCCCAAGAGAGACCGCGAGAGCGUCAUGGAGGACUUUCUGAAGAGAAUCGAGUGCUACAAAGUCACAUAUCAGCCAUUAGACCCAGACCAACAUGACAAAGAGCGCUCUUUCAUCCAGGUGAUCAACGUAGGCCAGCGUUUCCUGGUGAAUCGCGUGCAGGAUUACAUCCAGAGCAAGAUCGUGUACUACCUAAUGAACAUCCAGGUGCACAAACACACCAUCUACUUCUGCCGUCAUGGAGAGAAUGAACACAACGUGCAGCGUCUGAUCGGGGGCGACUCGGGCCUGUCCGCUCACGGGAAAGAGUUUGCUGUGGCUCUGCGAAAUUUCGUAGUGGACCAGCAGCUGGUGGAUCUGAAGGUGUGGACGAGCCAGCUGAAGUGCACCAUCCAGACGGCCGAGGCUCUGGGCGUUCCAUACGAACAGUGGAAAAUCCUCAACGAGAUUGAUGCUGGCAUCUGUGAGGAAAUGUCCUAUGACAUGAUCAAGCAGAAGUAUCCUGAAGAAUUUGCUUUGAGAGAUCAGGACAAAUAUAAUUACCGCUACUCAGGAGGGGAGUCAUACCAGGAUCUGGUGCAGAGACUCGAGCCGGUGAUAAUGGAGCUGGAGAGGCAGGGCAACGUGCUGGUCAUCAGUCACCAGGCCGUCAUGAGAUGCCUGCUCGCAUACUUCUUGGACAUCAGCGCUGAUGACUUGCCUUAUCUGAGGUGUCCUCUUCAUGUGGUGCUGAAACUCACCCCUGUGGCUUACGGUUGUAAAGUGGACAUGUUCGACCUGAAAAUUGAAGCUGUGAACACACACCGGAACAGACCACUCGCCAACAGCAAACAGGAAGUGAUGGUGAGGAGGAACAGUUUCACUCCCAUGUCCAGUCAGGACCAGGUGAAGCGGCCGCGGGUCUUCAGCGUCGGAAACCCACCCUGCACCCCUCUGCCUCCGUCGCUGAGCUCCACAGACGUCUUUGAGGCACAGGAGAAUGAGGAACUCGCUGAGAAACAAGUUUGAUUUCUUACUCUGAAACGCUGAAUUAGUCGAGUCCUGGAGAUUGAGACGAUGGACAGAAGUGAAGACAUGCAAGGGCGUCAGUCUCUACCUGAAUGAGUCAGACUCACACCUUAAACCGUCUUGUGUCCAUAGCCAAGCCCAGAAACUCUGUGCGUGUGUGUGUGUGUGUGUGUGUGUGUGUGUAUGUGUGUGUAUGUCUGUCUGUCUGUCUGUCUGUCUUUAUGAUUGGCUCAAUUAAAGAAAUAUCUUUAACUUUAAUUUCUCUAUUAAAGAAAUUCAAUCAAAUCUACACACUGUUCUCAUUAGCCAUGUUAGCCAACACGUGUUUGUGUCUGAGGUUUGCUACAAGGCUAACAUCGAUUUUAACAAUACAUGGAGAUAAAUACAUCCACAAAUCUUCAUAUUCUUGCUUCAGACAUUAAUGUAAGCCACAUAAUCGUGUCGCAAUAGCAGAGGAAGUCUGUAUUUGUAUAACCGAUUUUUAAAAAAGUACGACAUGCUGUCUUUGUUUAUAAACAAACCAUUUCGAAUGGUUGGGAAAGUGUUGUGAUACUACCCCAGUGUUGCUGAUUAUUUUCCUAUAACAGCAUGCUCUAGAAGGUGCUUUAGUUUUACAUCCAGCCCUAUAGUGGAAACAGGAAGUGAUGUGGAUGAUAAUAUUUUAAAUUUCAUUCUGUUUCUUAUUAAUGACUGAAGAAUGAAUAUGCACAUUUUGGCUUGUAUUCAGCUCCAGUGCAAAUCUGAAGAUGUAAUCAGACACCAGACAUGCCUUGGAUAAUCAAUUCUUUUUGGGUUAAAGGUGAAAGUCUCUUUGGAUCAGUGUUUGCCAGGAAAUUAGACAUAUAUGUCGCUGUACCUUUGUGCUCAGUGGUGAGUGAAUUGUGUGACCUUUCCUCGUUUUAUAAGGUUAUUUCAUUCCCACAUUGAAUGAUUUAUGUGUCAUUAGGUCAGUGUAAGAGUUACUCCAACCCACUACUGAAUCCUCAGUCUGUAACCGUGUUCAUGUGCCAUGUUCACGUGACGCUCUAGAGGGAUAAUGAGUCAAUCAGGACGCAUGUGAGCUGUAUUACCAGUCUUGCUAAUCCUUUUGGGCACUAAUCCCAGAAACUCAGAUGAGAAUGUUUUACACAAUCAGAAUGACACAACAGUGAUGUACCUUCCUUCCAUUUACUUUAAAAAAGAAAAACAAAUGCUCAAUUUUCCUUCAGAACUGAAUCCGUCUCUUGCAUGGAUGCUGAUGAACUCUGUAUUGCUUUGUACCACUAUCAUUUUCUGUGCCUUUUAUCAUUAGUAAAAGGGGCGUGGCCUCUGUCCCUGUCAGUCCACCAUCUCCAUGACUGUAGUGUUGCAAUUUAACGGCAUCGAUUUUUGACCUCAAAUCAUUCGUGCUGCAAAGUGGGGGAAAAAGAAAUUCACAAAUGUUUGUCUUUUGUUAGCAACAAACUAGCUAGCUAACAGUGAUAAGUGAUCAGUGUGAAAAGAAAUCUAAAAAGGUAAUGGAUGUAUUGUGUGAUUGCAAUUACCGACUCUUGGGGCACAAUGAAAAUAAUUAACACCCUUAAUUUUUUCCAUCCAUCAAGCUCUUGUUCAGCAGUUUCUCCAUUCUUUUCUUCAUCGUCUUAGGCUUGUGUGACACUGAUAUAAAAAUUGGCGUCUGGUAACAUAAUAUAAUAUAAUCAGCGAUAGGCGUCACUGGAUAUCGUGGCAAUCUGAUGCCUUGUAGGGACAGUCUGUAAAGGAUCUCACUCGAUUGUGCUGCAGCUUUUUUUUCUUCUCAAGAUUUGCAAUGCAAUUUCUGGAGUUUUUUGGUGGAAAACUACUCGAAUUGGCGAAAUCGCAAUCGCACACAAAAGUCUUUCGCUGUGAUAUUUUUUUUGCUCAACGAGACCUUUUAGCUGUACUCACGUUCGACACGCGUGAAUCGAAGAAUACAUGUGAUGGCGUCACAUAACGUGUCUUGGCCCAUAUCUGCGGUACUUUAGAAAACUUUAGAUACUUUAGUAUUGCAGAGUUUCUUGAUUUUGCGUUAAUUCCUGCGAUCAUGAAAUCCUCGAGGGACCUUGUAGGGACGAUAAUAUCAUUGUAUUGCACAAAGCUUUUGUCUGUCUGGUGAUGGAACAUCGAGGUAAUAUUAUAUCGUAUUAUAUGUUAUAUUGUACUUUCCCAGCACUGUUCUGAUCUCUGUAAACACUGGAUUUUGUGUCUGUCAUAUACAACCACCAGUACCACCGUCCUCACUCACAGGAAGUGUAGAAAUGUAGAUAGUGUCAUCAAAAUGUCAGUGGGAAUAAACUUUUACUUUCUUGCAAGUUAAUUUAAAUGCCUUACUGGAAUACCAGCCUCAAUCCAUAAUUUUAUUGAAUGUUUUAUUAGGAGCCAACCACCGCAGGUGCGUAGGCACCUAUAGUUUUUAUUUUACAAGCUGACUGUAAUUUCUUUCUCGGUUGUUUUGCUCAGAUAUAUUUAUUGCACAUUCUGUGGUUUUCUCAUUGUAUUACUUUUUUGAGGAUUAAAGUGCCGUGGCUUUUCAAGUAUGGUUUUUCAAAAUUCUGUGAUUAAAUUCUUAUGUUAUAAAA